UUACAAACUUUAUUUUGCAGUGUGACUGGUUUCAUGCUAUGUAGAGAACCAAAAUUUUGCAUUACGUAAAAAAAUGUUAGCAAAUUCAAGUGUUGACAAAAAUUUGCUGUUGCUACCACAAUUUCGGUGCAGUUAUUUUGGAUAUCAACCCAGACAAUCCCAUACAAAUUCAAGUAUAGCCUAGUCCCGAAGAGUAAAAUGGACUGGGCUCACUGGUUUUCUGUUUUGUUUCAUAGUGUAACAGUUGAAUGCCAAAUAAAGUGAGGCGGCGCCAAGACAGGCGAGCUGCCGCCUGGACCGGCGCCGUUGAGUGGCCCUUUCGGGCCAUCCCACAUGGUCCCUGUGCCCCAUGAUGGACCACUCCCCCAUUGGGCCGCCUUGGAUGGGCCCACUCGUUUCGACCCCAUGCAUCUUGAGGCGGGCCUUCUCCCUUCUCUCCCUGGUGGGCUUGGGCCGUCAUGGCCUUUGGGCGGGGGUUGUGAGGCUGCUCCGCUUGCCGACGUCGGGAUGCCGCUAGGCUCGUUCUCGCUUUGCCUCUGACCGCUGGGCCGCCAGUGGUCGCCGGCGCCGCGUCGCCACCGGCGAGGGAUUUCCGUGUCAGCCCAGCCGCCUCUCUCCAUGGAUGUCGCCGGAAGGGAUCGCCUCCUCGGUAGUCGCGGUGUGGCCGCUGGGUGAGGAGGGCGAGGUUUCCUUGUCGCCGGUGCCCCCAGUCGGCCCAGCUGCUGACGCUCCGCUGACCUUCUCGAUCGUCGGUCUCGCCAGCCGCUGCGGGGCUUGACGACUCGCCGCCUCCUCGACGGUCUCCACCGACGCCCUUGCAGCCGUCCUUCGCCUGCUGCUCGCCUCCUCGGGAUGCCGUCACGUUGCGACCGCAGCGCGCGGCCGUUGUCGUCGGAGUCGCCGGAGGGUUCUCUGCCGCGGCCGCUUCAACCGCUGUCGCUGGUGGGUUCUUCGUCGAGGCAGCCGUCGCCGGCCGGCCCGCCGAUGUUGCUGGUGGGCUCUCCUCCGGGUCCGUUGUCGCUGGUCAGCUCGCCGCCACGGCCGCUGUCGCCGGCUCUCCUCCGCGGCCGCUGUUGCCGGCGCUGCUUCCGCCGUCUUCAUCUUGCUCGGCGCCAGGGUCUUCGUGCUCCCCCAUACCGCCGUCGUCGUCUCGUGCGUCGCCGCGUUCCGCCGGGCAGCCGUCGUCGUCUCGUGCGUCGCCGCGCUCCGCCGGCCCGCCGUCGUCGCUUCCCGCGCUGCCGACCUCGCUCCCGUCGCCGACGCCGCCGGACGUGCCGCCAACGCCACCAGACGUGCCCCUGCCGCAGUCGCCGACCCCUUCGCCGACUGUGCCGGCCUCUAGGUUCGCUGCCCUGCCGGCAGUGGGGGAGGCUAGCUUGCCCUCGGCUGCCGACGGAGGCGGUGGUGGCCGUGGAGGUGGUCACCGCGUCGCCGCCUUCAUCGCCGUCACUCCCGGAGGCCGUGGCUGCUGUGGCUUUCUUCGACGAGCUAGAUGCUUUGGCUGCCGGGGAGGAGGUUCCGGCUGUCUUCUGGCCGCCGCGGUCCCCGCCAAAACUACCUUCGCUGGCCUCCAUCCCUACCGCCAACACCGAGCGUUCUUCCUCCGCAGCUCAGCGCCCCUCCAUGGUGGAUGGGCCGGUGAUGGGAGAGGGGGCUCCGACGUCUCCUUCGCCGACGUCCGUGUCUGCAUCUGCUGCUGGGGAUGAGGCCCCGGCCAUGGCUGCCGCUAUUGGGCACGAGUCUGGACCGACUGUGGGAGAGGGGGCUGCGUGGCUAGCGGCCGUGGCAGUCCCUCCUUCCCCUGUGGCUGAUGGCGCGGAGAUCUUGUUCGACAUGCCGGUUGGUGGCGAGGAGAUCUUGUUCGACAUGCCGAUUCUCGCUCUUGAUCUCGACGGCCAGCCGAUGGCGUGCUCACUGCCUCCCUCGGUCGUGCAGAACGCCGCUCUUCGCGCCAUCCUCGCCAGCUGCUGCAAGCCUCUCUGUCCUGCGCCGCAUACUCCCCCCGCGCCUAUGGCACCUACCGUCGCGGCCGUGGGAGUGGUGCCGAAGCGCAGCAAGUGGAUUGCUGCCCACAUCGCGCUUGCUGGCCCGUGUCACAUGAUUACUCGCGCAUAGUGCAACCUGAUGCGCAAGCUCGAGAUGGUGCCCAACGAGGGUCCGGUCCUGGCACAGGCCUUGGCAGACUUCGACGCUCUCUUCACUGAGCCCCUCUCGCAGGACCACAUCAUCGCCCUCUCUGCACUCCUCUCUAGCUCGCUGCCUCCUGCGCAGGCGAUUGAGAUGUUGUCUGCCUGCGGUUGACCCUUUCCCUUGUCUUCCCCUUCUCUGCGUGGUCUCUUUUCUAUGGGAUCAUGUAAUGAGAACAUUUUGGUGUGGAACGUGCGGGGUCUGAACUCUCGCGCCCGCCGGGAUGCGGUUUGUGAUGUGGUUCGUGACGAGCGGGUCUCUCUUCUCUGUCUUGAGAAAACAAAAAUGGAUGUCAUCCCGUCUCGUAUUAUUCUGGAAAUGUUAGGCCUUGAGUUUGAUUAUUCUUUCUUGCCUGCUGUUGGUCGGUUUGGGGGUGUGUUGCUUGCCUGGUGGACGGCCGUCUAGUCGGUCUCGGAUGUUCACCUUGCGGAAUUAUCUCUUACCGCGUUGGUUCGGCACCACUCCGAUGAUGCCCCCUGGUGGCUCUCCAUCGUCUAUGGGCCAUAGGAAGAACCAAAGAAACUUUGGUUCCUGGAUGAGCUUCGGAUGCUACGAUCCUCUUGCUCAGGUCUGUGGGCUGUUGCAGGCGGUUUCAACCUUAUCCUCGACUCCCAGGACGAGAACAACUUGAAUCUCAAUCGCCGAAUGAUGGGCCACUUUCGUCGAUUGAUCGAUGAGUUGGACCUCCGGGAGUUGCCGCUUCACGGCCGUCGUUUCACAUGGAGCAACGAGCAUGACUCUCCUACGCUCGUCAAGCUAGAUCGUGUUUUCUUCUCUACGGAUUGGGAGGAGCUCUUUCCCCCAUGUCUUCUUCAAGAAGCCUCCUCUGUUGCCUUUGAUCACUGUGCUCUCCUGCUUCAUUCCUGCGUCGAUUUGCCGAGAGCUUUCGGUUUGAAGCCAUUUGGCGCAAGUUCGACGGCUUCCUUCAAGUUGUGCAGGACGCCUGGCAACCUCCGUCCAACCUUCCCCCUCUCGCCGCGCUUGCCUGGUGUUUCACCAACACAGCUAAGCGCUUGCAGAGCUGGGGCGACCGUCACAUUGGUAGCGUCCGUCUCCACCUUCAAAUGGCGAAGGAGCUUGUCUUCCGACUUGAUGUCACGCAAGAGAACCGGUCUCUUUCUCCCUUGGCGACCUAGUUGUGGCGGGACUUGAAGCUGAAACGCCUCGGGCUUGCCUCUCUUGAGCGCACCAUAGCUUGCCAGCGUUCGUUCUUGAUCUGGCUCAAGGAGGGUGACGCUAACACCAAGUUUUUCCACUAUCACGCUAGGGCCUGAAGGCGAAAGAACUUCAUCACUCACCUUUGAGAUGGAGACCAGCUCAUCGUUUCACAUGAUGAGAGCUUUAAGAGCUCGUCUCCACUCACUUUGGAUCUAUCUUGGGGACGUGCGUUGAGCUUGAUCUCGCUCUUGACCUUCACUCCCUUGGCCUCAGCCCUAUGCAGCUUGGGGGGCUAGAUGACCCGUUCUCGGAGGAGGAGGUGUGGGCGGUGAUUAAGUCUUUGCCUUCUGACAAGGCGCCUGGUCUUGAUGGGUUCACGGGUCGGUUAUACAAGACUUGCUGGUCGGUGAUUAAGUCGGAGUUCUUGGCAGCUCUCAACUCCCUCUUUUUGACUAAAGGCCGGGGAUUUGCCUCCCUUAAUGAUGCCCUCAUCUCCCUUCUGCCAAAGAAGGAUGUGGUCGUUGACGUCAAGGAUUUUUGACCGAUUAGCCUCAUCCACAGCUUUGGGAAGUUGUUCUCCAAGAUCCUGGCUUCCCGUCUCUCUCUCCACCUUGACGGGCUUAUGGCGGCCAAUCAAAGUGCCUUCGUCAAAGGUCGAUCCCUCCACGACAACUUUCGCUAUGACCAACUCGCGGCAAGGGCCCUCCAUGCCAGGCGCACUCUCCGCCUCCUUCUCAAGGUGGACAUCGCAAAGGCCUUUGACACGGUCAGUUGGCCAUUCUUGCUUCAGGUGCUUGCUCAUCUCGGGUUCAGUUAGCGUUGGCGGGAUUGGAUCUCCCUCAUCCUCAGUGCCUCCUCUUCCCGAGUGCUGAUCAAUGGGGUGCCUGGUCCACGCUUCCCUCACCGAAUGGGUCUUCGGCAAGGAGAUCCUCUAUCCCCUAUACUCUUCAUUCUAGUCAUGGAUGUGCUCAAUGUGAUGCUCUGUAAGGCCUCCGACUCGGGCGGGUUCCUUCAGCUUAACGAUCGU